ACCCUGGAAACUGCAGAGCCGUGGGAAACACAGGAGUCAGACGUGUUAAGACGUAGAAACUAGCUGCUCCAACUUAUUGUUGUUGACAGCAAACUAAAGAAAAAAAUUGUGAAUAUAAAAAAUGAUUUGAUUGUGUUUAAAGCGUAAUGUUUCAGCAUUUGGGUCUUCUUUGUCAUUCUGGACAUAAAAUACUUCAAUUUGUGCCUCAAAGUGACGAUGAGAUAAAUGUUUUAAAAACCACCUUAAGGAUCGUGAUCUAAACUUCUCCGCUCCAGAGACGGAAACAGCGACCAAACAAGAGACUUUUGACCUGUGUGCGAGCUGAAAGCAGCACCAACACAUGCAGGCUGCCCCUGAAGGAAAACCUCCGUCCGACCAGACAGACCACAGCAGGCAAACCGGAUAUCACCCCGAGAUCAUACUGUGCUUGAUGCGGGCAGCGUCAGGAUGGGCAACAGCAGCAGCGAUCGCUCCAGCAGCGAGAGGUCAUUCAGAGAUGGACCGUCUGGAGGGAAGGAGGCUCGACCCAACAUCAUGAUGGACAGCAACGACGACUCGGAGCUGUUCAACAGGGAAGAUCCGAAGGUUUCCCCAGACAUACAGGAGUUUCUUGCCUGGCAGCAGGACCUCGACUGCGACAGUAAGGACCCGGUGCAGGCCAGACCGACCGUCUUCAGAUGGGCCGGGUCAGCCAAGGAAGUCUUUGUGUCUGGUUCUUUUAACAACUGGGCCACCAAAAUCCCUCUUAACAAGAGUCAGAAUAACUUCGUGGUUAUUGUGGACCUGCCAGAGGGGGAGCACCAGUACAAGUUCUGCGUUGACGGACAGUGGACUUUGGAUCCGACGGGGCCCGUGAUGACAACCAAGACUGGCACAGUCAACAACGUCAUUCAAGUGAAUCAAACUGACUUCGAAGUCUUCGAUGCCCUCAAGAUCGACUCACAGGAUUCAACGGACAUGUCUGACCUGUCCAGUUCCCCACCCGGGCCCUACCAACAGGACGGAUAUCUCAUCAAGCCAGACGACAAGCUCAAGCAGCCUCCUAUCCUGCCGCCCCACCUGCUCCAAGUGCUGCUCAACAAGGACACGGGCGUCUCUUGUGACCCGACACUACUUCCAGAGCCUAACCACGUCAUGCUGAAUCACCUGUAUGCUCUCUCCAUCAAGGACGGGGUGAUGGUUCUCAGCGCUACUCACCGAUACAAAAAGAAAUAUGUGACCACGCUCCUCUACAAACCCAUAUAGCCCAGAGAGAUCACCGUCAACCUGAUGUUCCACUCAGCUGCUACUUCUAACGACGAUCGAUGACGAAACAGGACCAACAUUUUUAUAAUAAAGCAUUCUGAACUCUU